GAAGGACGAAACCGAAAUAAAAAAAACUCGUUUGUUUGGGAUUUGGAGAAGACAAGUCUCUCUCUCUCUCUCUCUCGACGAAAAACCCUACGAUUUCAUCGACUCCUUUACUCUUCUCCGACCACCGUCUCUUUUCUCUUCUUCUUCUUCUUCUCCCGGCGGAGAACAAUAAAAUUCGAUAUCGGGGUUUCGAAUCGUUAGAUAAUGAAAUAGAGAAAGAUGUUUGAAGGACUUGUGCAAAAGCUUUUGUUAGGUUACUUAGGUCGCUACAUCAAAGACAUUCAGAAAGACCAGCUCAAGAUCACACUAUGGAAUGAGGAAGUUCUAUUGGAGAACGUGGAACUGAUUCUUGAGGCGUUUGAGUAUCUGCAGCUUCCAAUUGCUCUCAAGCAAGGUCGUGUUGGGAAAUUGAGCAUUAAAAUUCCAUGGAAGAAGCUUGGUAGGGAACCUAUCAUUAUUAUGCUUGAAGAUGUCUUUGUCUGUGCAUCACAACGUAAUGAUCAGGAGUGGAGCUCAGAUGUGGUUGAGAAAAGAGAGUUUGCUGGUAAGAAAGCUAAGCUUGCUGCUGCAGAACUGGCAAAGUUGUCCAGGCGCGUCUUCGACAGUCCAGCAGGGAAUCCUUAUAUGUCGUACAUUGCUGCCAAGAUUCUUGAUAGCAUUCAAGUGUCCAUCAGAAAUUUUCACAUCUUAUACUCCGAUGCACAACCUGAACCAGUUCAAGUUGUAUUAGGAUUGCGAUUUUCAAGCUUGACAGUUACUAACCAAAACUCAGUUGGGCCAUCUGUUGGUAGGGUGAGAGGGGGGCAAGUGAAUAAACUUGUGGAGAUUGAAGGUUUGGAAAUAUAUUGCGACAUGUAUGAGGGAAACAUGGACUUUCCAAGUGUUGAUGAGAAAAGAGUUUUUGACAACUGGUGCCAGUCGAGAUUGCAAAGUAAUAGAUUUGGUUAUUUACUGAAGCCAGUCUGUGUUUGCGCAACGUUAUUGGUCAAUCGAUCUGGAGAGCUUUAUGACGAUCUACCUCAGUAUUCCAUCAGCUGUGAGUUGACUGAUGUGGUCAUGACUCUGAAUGAAUUUCAGUUGAAGCAGAUUCUUAUUCUGUUAGAUUACUUGCAAACUAGCCAAUUGCGUGAGAGGUAUGGGCGGUAUCGUCCUUGCUCCACUUCCUUAUUGAGAAAACCACCAGGAUGGCAGAAACUUUGGUGGCACUACGUCCAAAAAUCAGUUUUAUCUGAUGUUCGGAAGAAACUGUGGAAAACUUCAUGGAGAUUUGUUGAACAGCGAAUGAGAAUGCGCAGGAGGUAUAUUAACUUUUACAAGAUAAAGCUAGAUUUUCUUCGCAGAGAGCAGUCAAUCGAUGAGUCUAUCCUUUUGGGUUUGGAAGAAGUGGAGAAGAAGUCUGAUAUUGAUGAUAUCUUAAGUUAUAGGUCCGCAGCGGAAGGUGAGAUGCAGGAAGCUUGUUCAGAAUUGAAGUCGCGUGGAUGGUUGAACUGGUUGUCACGGGGAAUGCUUGGUGCCGGAGGCACAGAGGAUUCUAGUCAGUUUUCUGGUGUUGUUUCUGAUGAAGUUGUCAAGGAUAUACACAAGGCAACAAAGUUUCACCCUCUUUCUUUGUCUUCUAAAAAUACAAGUGCAACUGGUAAGAUCUGUACAUGCUCCGUUCGACUCGACGCACGCAAAAUUUCUGCUACGUUGCAACAUAUAAGUGGGAGUUCUUCUCAAGUUAUUACAGAGUUGGAUAUCUUGGGGGCGAUUGUUGAAUGCAAGUCUUGGAAAGAUUCUACAGCCAUGAUUGUAUCUGUUAUUUCUGGAAGGCUGGUCUAUCCUCACAAUGGGAAAGAAAUUCUAACCAUGAAAGGGGUCUGUUCUCAGAGUGAUACACUAGAAAUGAAACCUUCAUGUGGAGCACGGUUGGAGUUGUUCAAGGAUCAUGAUGUUGCAUUGUCAUUAAAGGUCACCCUUCAACCACUUAAAGCUGUUUAUGAUGUAGACUUCUUUCUAGCUGUCAGUAAUUUUUUCUCGGGUUCAAGAUACUUCAAACUCCAACACGAAAGGGUUUUAUCAUCACUCAAUGGCCUUGAAAGUGAAACGCGAUUGGCGGCGAAAGCUGAAUACCUCUUAUCUAGCCGAAAUAAAGUUAAGUGGGACCUGGACAUAAAAGAUCUUACUUUAAGUUUCCCUGGACGAUUGGGUGAAUCAGAAAGCUAUAAUCUGGUUUUGGUGUUGGAAUCUCUUUCUAUCACAUCUAGUAGCACAUAUUCUCUUAGCCCAAGUCCAAAAUUGCAGUCUGAUGUGAUGGAUGCUUUACAAAGUUCCAUUGCAGCCUUAGAUGCUUUCCAAGUCAACGAUCUCUAUGACCAUAUUGAUAUCAAUAUCACCGACAUUGAGAUGAAGCUCAUGAAGAUUCAUCCUUUCCAAGAACUUCCUCUUGUGGAGAAAUCAUCUUUACUUAUCAAGUUUGCGUCUUGUAUAAUUCCGGAGGAGUCAAUUUUGAAGCAGUUGGAGGUUGAAGCUACUCUGCCUAUGUUCAAUGUCCAUUUCUCUCCGUCGAUAUUUAAAGGAGUCAUGUCUGUGAUUGAAUAUCUUGAUAUUCAGGAUCAUGGAGCUCGAAAUGCCCCACCUCCCCCCAUCUUUCGCUUCUUCACAAAAACCAACUUGGCACUUUUCAGGUUGCACGUCAAUCUUGAAAAUGAAGGAGAAAACAGCACAGUGCUUGUUCUUUCUAUACAGCAGCUGGAUCUCUGGUAUUCACGUACCAAAUUUGAAGAGUGGUCAGUCUGUGCGAAAAAAUUGGAAAUGACAGCUUGCUCCUCUAAAGAUGCAGCUGACAGUCAUAUUAUAUGUUCAUCAGGGAAUCUACUCAAAUCGUAUGCUUCCCAUAGACAUGGGAUGGAUGCUCAUAGUAGCGAUCAAACCAACAUUAUUGACAACGGAACAACUCCUGAGGCUGCUAUCAGCUUAAAUUGCAAGGUUUCUCAAAGUAAAAAUUUUGUUUUUCAGAAGUAUACAAUCUAUUGGAGGGGCGCUGAACUCCAUUGCUACCCAUACAUAUUUGGUUUGCUGACAAAUUUUGUGGAUAAGAUAGCCUCCUAUAAGAUCUCGUCUGCUGAUACAAAUCCACCUAGCCUUGCUUCAGAUACCAGUGCUCCAACAGAAGGCCCUCAGUUUGAUUUUCAAAGGUUUGGGUUAUCAAACUUUAUUGAAAGUAGAUCACGUGGCUGCAUUCCUCUGGACACAUAUCCAUUUGUAACCAUUAAGAAUUCGGGUUCUCUUGGUAGUCUAGAAAGUUCUCUUUGUUAUUCGACUUCUGACUGGAGGAAGUUAUUUAUUGUAAGGAAUAGAAAUGAUGGGGCUGAAAUAGGUUUGAACUGCGAAUGUAACAGCUGUACUUUUCAACCAAUACAUGGUUGUCCUCUGGAUGAGCUUACGUCCUCCAGGGGUCUUGGUCAGACCAAUCACUUUACAGUUGAUGUGCAUGUCUUCGACGCCAAUGUGCAUUUUCAUGAUACUUCAAGUGUUUUUGGAACUAUUAUACUACCGGUAUCCAGAUACUUGCUUACCAUUUCAGAUGAUCAUUUCGAUUUGGUUGCCUCUGCUGAAGACUUGAUGCUGGAGUCAUCUUUGUUCACCAACUAUUCUGGCGGAUUUCUUUGGAAACAUUCGUUAACAAAUGUCUCACCCGUCUUGAACCUACGCGUCAGGAAGAGGGAUUUGGAGCCUUCUAUUUCUGAACUUGAAGUGAGCAUAGGUAUUCAACACACAUGCUGCAUUUUACUACCGGAAUAUCUGGCCAUUAUAAUUGGUUACUUCUCUCUUCCUGAUUGGACUUCAAAGUCUGGCCUGCAGUCGUUGCCACAAGCUACUGAGUUAACCAAGGUUCAUUCUGAGUUGGCCAUUACCUAUAAAAUUGAGAUACUGGACUCCUGUUUGAUUCUUCCUGUGGAGAAUGAUGACCACCAGCAACUGAAAGCUGAAAUUGGGCAGUUAUAUAUUAGCUUUAUUCUAGAGUGUUCUUUGAGCAAUGUGGUGCAGCACAUACCACAGGAAUGUGUUAUUCCGCUUAAUCAAGUAGAAGGGCGAGCCGACUGUUUAAACAUAUUUGGGCGGGGCUUAUCACUAUCAUUGCUGCUUUCUGAAAAUGGCAUAUCAACAUUCAAGAAGGAGGCCGUGUGCAGAAGUAUCACGCUAGCUGCUAGCAUUAUUGUUGAUGCUUGGAUUAGAUUACCUUGUGAUCUUAAUCCGUUAAGUGAUUUGGCAUGUGUUAUGUCAAGAGUUGAAGUUUGUGAAAUUGUUGUGGAUGAUUCAGAUGCUUUGGAUGGGUUCAAGGCAUUUCUUGUUGUGGUUGAUCAGCUUUCUUUAGUUGCUGAGGAAUCAAAACUUUUCGUGUCUGAUGUUCCUCAGUUCCUUCAUACGAAGAUGCGUCUAAAGCAAGAUCUUUUAGUUGCACCCCUUGAACCUUCCACAAGCUUAAUACAAUUCAGAUUUUUUGUCAAUCUUUUGACGACAAAACUGCAUCGAUUAAGGAUAGAUCCUGGAACACUGCUAUCCGAACCAGUGCUCCAAGCUGAUAUGAAAUUUAUUUGCUCUGGAGAAGUUAAAAAUAAUUUCCCCAUGAGCUUGGAUGUUCAAUUUUUCGAAAUUGGGCUUUAUUCAUUGCUGAGCUCAGUCAUGUUAGCUAGAUGCAUCAAUGCAUAUGGGGAUCCUUCUGCACUGAAAGUUAGAUUUACGGAACAUGCUGAAAAUGAAUAUAGUCUCUGUUUUUCUCUUCCAUCCCUGGACAUCUGGUUACACUCUUUUGAUUGGAUUGAAGUUACUGAACUUCUGAAAUCUUAUUCCCAGAAACUGGAAGACAGUAGUCAAGACCCUAUUUUGUCAAAAGGUUCAGACUUGGAUAUUGAUGAACCUAUUGAAGUGGUAAGGAAUAUUUGUGACAAUACUGAUCGGGCUUUGAAUGUUCUUCAAAAUGAGGGUUCAGAGAACUCUAGUGAUGUUAUGGCAUUUACCGCAAGAUCAGAGAUUAUUGGUGUCACAAUCCAUUUUCCUCUUUGCACAAGCGACACAGAAUUUCCAGGGUUCAUGGCAACUGAUAUUCAUGAGACAUCUGAGGAAGAGCACGCAAAUUAUUUUAAAGGGAGAUACUGUAAAUAUGUUACGCUUACAGCAUGUAGUAGGAGCGGCGAACUCUCUAUUCGUGGGAGAGACAUCAAAGUCAGCAACAAGGUUGAAAAGCUCAGUGGGAUUCUUGCAAUAUCUGGUGUUAAUACUGUACGGUCUUGCUCGCUGUUUGGGGCGUCACAACUACUUGUAGAAACAAAUAUUCAGAUGGAUCAGAACAAGAUCAUGAACAUUGAUGUAGGGAUACUGUCUGACAAUGUGGAGAUGCAUGCAUCUCAUCAAGUAUUAUCUUUCUGGCAUGGAAUUACGUUUGAUUCACCUGGGACACCAUCUUCACGAAAUUCGCAAGGAAACAUGAGUAUAAAAGUCCAGAUAGUCUUGUGGGAGCCUUUUAUUGAGCCCUGGAAUUUUGAUCUCAAAUUAUCCCGAAAAUUUGAGGCUAAUUCUUUGCUGAACAAUGCUGGUCUCACUGAAGUAAUUGUUGCAUCAUCAAAUCAGCUCAAUGUGAACUUAACAGAAUCUCUCUUUGAGCNGGCUAAGUCUGGCCGGCUACGGUGGCGUCCCCUCGGAGAUUCUUAUUUAUGGAGUGAAGCUCAUAGCAUCUCCAAAGUUCUUUCUCAAGAUAGCAGGAUAGGAUUUCGCCGAUCUUUUGCUUGUUAUCCAUGUCACCCUAGCCAUGAACCAUUUCGUUGUUGCAUAUCUGUUCAGAGCACUAGCUUGCCGGCAUCAUUUUAUCUUAAUGAUUCGCCAGAUGGAAAUUUUGGUCAGCAGUUGCACGAUCUUGACCAAUCAAGAGAGGGAUUCAUUCAUCAAGUGACUUUAAGCACUCCAUUUGUUGUGAGCAAUUGUCUUCCAGAACCAAUAUCACUUUCUAUCGAAAGUGGUGGCAUCGCUCAGACUGCAUCCCUUUAUGAGGGGGAGACGCCAUUCCAGCAUAUUGAUCCUUCACAUGAUCUGGUCCUUGAGUUCAAACUAGAUGGCUAUAGAUCAUCAUCGUUAAACAGCGAAUCUGGUGAUGCCACACAACAUUAUAUGAAGAUUCAACUUGAUGGAACAUCUUUUGCUUCUCCUCCUCAUUCAAUGGAUCGAAUUGGCCUUUCCUAUUUUGAGGUUGAUUUUUCCAAAACAUCAAACUCCAGUGAUAAUGUUGAGAAAGGAAGUAAAUCUGGUUCUGGAAGCAGCUUUGUUGUUCCUGUUGUGUACGAGGUUUCAUUGCAGCAGCAGAGCAAGUUAAUACGAGUAUACUCAACUGUUAUAAUUUUGAACUCCACAUCCAUGCCACUGGAACUUCGCUUUGAUAUUCCGUUUGGCAUCUCCCCAAAGUUCACUUUCUAUUUGGAAACCAACGCUGUCGCUAUAUUUAUCUUACUUAUUGAGAAAGUUGCAUUUAAAAAACUUAUAAAAGUAUGCCACUUACUAUUCCAUAUAAACAGGGAGUUGCUAGUUUCAAUCCGUUUAAAUGAGCCUGGAUGGCAAUGGUCAGGCAGCUUCUUGCCAGAUCAGUUAGGUGAUACUCAACUGAAGAUUUGGAACUAUGUUAAUAAAGCAUUUAACAUGGUGCGGGUGGAAGUUCAGAAUGCCAAUAUGUCAAGCGGAGAUGAAAAGAUUGUAGGGAGUGUUCAUGGAAAUGUCGGGACAAACUUUAUUCUAUUAUCAGAUGACGACAUGGGCUAUAUGCCUUACAGGAUUGAUAAUUUCUCGAAUGAGAGACUGAGGGUUUAUCAACAAAAAUGUGAAACUUUUGAUACCAUUGUUCAUCCUUACACAUCCUGCCCAUAUGCUUGGGAUGAACCCUGUUAUCCACAUCGUUUGACCAUUGAGGUGCCUGGAGAUCGUGUUAUAGGCUCUUAUGCAUUUGAGAUAACAAAACAACCAAUUGCAGUGCACUUGCGCUCCACCUCUGAGAAACCUGAAAGGACACUGUUGCUAUCAAUCUGUGCUGAAGGAGCUACAAAGGUUUUCAGUGUUGUAGAUUCAGGUUUUCACACCAUGAAAGAUAUAAAGGAAACGUUUGACUCCAGAUUCCAUGAGAAGGGAAAGCAAAAGCUUCAGACUGAAAAUAUCAUCCGUUACACAGAAAAGUUCUUGCUUGUCCUGCCAAGCAUUGGUAUAUCUUUGGUUAAUUCUCAUCCACAGGAAUUGGUUUAUGCUAGUGCGUCAAAUGUUGUGUUAGAUUUAAGUCAGAGUGUAGAUCAGCAGAAGCUUUCCUUUCAGAUCUCUUCAUUACAGAUAGACAACCCACUUCGCAAUUCUUCGUAUCCUGUCAUAUUGUCAUUCAAUCAUGACCACAGAGGCAUUCCUCCUGAUUGGGCCAUUAAGAAUAACAAAGCAAUACUUUUAAGUGAAAUUCUCCAGCAGGAUAGGGGUAACACCCGUGAUGCUGUCUACGUUGGCCUAUCAAAGUGGCGGAAGAAAGAUGUUUCAUUAGUUUCUUUUGAAUACAUAAACAUCAGGAUUUGUGAAUUUGUUCUUGAGCUCGAGCUACAAACACUAUUAUCCUUGUUGGAGUUCGUAAAAGCAGUGCUUCCUAAUUCUCAGGCUAGAAUCUUGCCGCUCUCAGAUCCCACACUACGUCCUCUAAUUUAUGACACUGGUUUGAAGGAUAUAAGUUUGGAAGAUACUCCACAUGCAAGAAACAUCCCUGUAUUUAACAAAAUCCAGAGAAGCAUUGUAGCUCUACCUAUAGUGGUUCCAAUAGGAGCUCCUUGGCAGCAUAUUCACUUGUUGGCUAGAAGACACAGAAAAAUUUAUGUUGAAACAUUCGACUUGGCCCCUAUUCAGUUUACGUUAAGCUUCUGCAGUGCUCCCUGGAUGCUUAGGAAUGGCAUUCUUACUUCAGGAGAGUCCCUUAUCCAUAGAGGUCUUAUGGCUCUUGCCGAUGUUGAGGGUGCUCGAAUACAUCUCAAGCAAUUGACAAUUGCUCAUCAGAUUACUAGUUGGGAAUCAUUUCAGGAGAUCCUUGUUGGGCACUAUACCCGGCAAAUUCUUCAUGAGAUUUACAAGGUGUUCGGCUCUGCUGGUGUUAUUGGAAAUCCCAUGGGAUUUGCGAGGAAUGUUGCAUUUGGAAUUACAGAUUUCCUGUCAGCUCCCGGCAGGAGUAUCUCAAAGAGCCCCGCAGGAAUUAUUCAAGGAAUGGCUCACGGAACCACAAGUCUCUUGAGUAGCACUGUUUAUGCUUUAAGUGAUGCUGCCACUCAAUUUAGUAAAGCUGCACACAAGGGUAUUGUUGCAUUUACAUUCAAUGACCAUGAUGUUGCAAGGAUGGAGAAGCAGCAAUUGGGUGAAGGGUCGCGUAGCAAAGGAGUUAUAGGCGAAGUGUUUGAGGGACUUACUGGUCUCCUUCAAUCACCAAUACGAGGAGCUGAGAAACAUGGUCUUCCAGGCGUCAUCUCAGGAGUGGCCAUGGGGAUUACUGGACUGGUGGCCAGACCAACGGCUAGUAUCCUUGAGGUAACUGGCAAAACCGCACAAAGUAUCAGAAACCGAAGCAGAAUUCAUAACAUAAGAUCCCAAAGACAUAGGCUUCGCCUUCCCAGGCCUCUGAGCAGGGAACAACCUCUCAGGCCUUACUCAUGGGAAGAAGCGGUCGGGACAGCAGUACUUAUGGAGGUUGGAGAUUCCCUGAAGUUCAAAGGAGAGAAAUUGGUGAAGUGCAAGGCCCUGAAGCAAGAAGGAGCGUUCGUUGUAAUCACAGGGAGACUGGUAUUGGUUAUAAGCAGCCCAAGCUUAGUAGGUUUCAGAAAACCGGGAUUUCUCGGAGUUCCAAUUGAUUUGGUAUGGAAUAUCGAAAGGGAAAUCGGUUUGGAGAGUGUAAUACAUACAGAUUGCAGCGGUGGAGUUGUCCGCGUCAUAGGAAGCAAUUCAGAUGGUGUAUGGAACUGGAGACAGGACCAGCAAAAGAAGAGCAGCCCGACAAGAAAACGAUGGAACAAUCCUUCAGCUCAGCCGCUUCUACAGACCAACGUAGAGCUUCCAUCGGAGGACGAAGCAGAGGACUUGUUGACUGUGUUGCUAUCGACUAUGGAAAUAGGGAAAAACCGAAGCUGGCACAGUCGAUUUGUUUUAAGUCGAAGUAACAUUAGUUGAACCCAGAGAGUUGUGUGUAGGAUACAAGAUUCAAAAUUCUUUACCUUUCUUAUGCAGUGUUACUAAUGAAGGGUUUUUUGAAACUAGUUUUAGAAUAUGUGGCUGAUAUGUUAUUGAUUAUAUAAUAAGUAGAUGAAUUAUACAUGUGGGUACAUUUCUUGGUGUAGGAAAAAAAAACAUCGUUUCCCAUUGAGCAAUUAUAACAUGCAUCUUGACCUUGA